UUUUGGCUCUGUCACUGAAAGGGAAGAAGAUAUACAUCAGUGGGUGGGGAAGACUAAGAAUAUUGAUCCACUUUGUGGGACAGUUUGCUUUGCACUUUUGAUUGCACUUAGUAACUUGAUGCUUGCAAACAGCCAUGUACACCAAUGAAUGUUGAUUCAGCCACACCCCCAGACCCAGCAAAUAGCCUCACCCACUCAAUUACUCAGAAACUCAGAAGCCUGUGCCCAGGAUCUGGAUAAAGACAGAUAUCAGGAUUUUGCUGGUUCCUAGCCCAGAGGAGCCACUAAAAAGAGGAAGAAUGGAGAAGCCAUCCAAAGCCAAAUAUCGGAGUCGCAGUAGCUUUCACCCUGAGGAGACCAGAAAGGGGAUGUUUGGGCUGAAGCUGAAGAAGAAGAAGAAUAAGGCAGAGAAGGGGUUAAUCCUAGCCAACAAGGCUGCGAAAGAUAGUCAAGGUGACACUGAAGCACCACAGGAGGAGCCUUCUCACCAGGAAGGACCAGGAGAUUUGGUCCAUAAUGAUGCUUCUUCUAUCUUUCCUAUCCCCUCAGCUUCUCCAAAGAGAAGAUCAAAACUGUUGACUAAGAUCCAUGAUGGGGAGGUCAGAUCCCAAAAUUAUCAAAUUGCCAUAACCAUCACCGAGGCUCGCCAGCUGGUAGGUGAGAACAUUGACCCAGUUGUGACCAUUGAGAUUGGGGAUGAGAAGAAGCAAAGCACAGUGAAGGAAGGAACCAACAGCCCAUUUUAUAAUGAAUACUUCGUGUUCGACUUCACUGGGCCCCAAGUACAUCUUUUUGACAAGAUCAUCAAAAUCUCAGUCUUUCACCACAAGCUGAUAGGAAGUGUACUGAUUGGCUCUUUCAAAGUAGAUCUGGGGACCGUAUACAACCAACCUGGUCAUCAGUUCUGCGACAAGUGGGCCCUGCUCACAGACCCUGGCGACAUCAGGACGGGCACCAAGGGAUACCUGAAAUGUGACAUCAGUGUGAUGGGGAAAGGCGACGUCUUGAAGACCAACCCUAAAACUUCUGAUGCUGAGGAGCAAAUAGAAAAGAACCUUUUGAUCCCUGAAGGGUUCCCAUCAGAGAGACCCUGGGCCAGAUUCUAUGUGAGACUCUACAAAGCAGAAGGUUUGCCCAAAAUGAACUCGAGCAUCAUGGCAAAUGUCACCAAGGCAUUUGUGGGAGACAGUAAGGACCUGGUGGACCCCUUUGUGGAGGUGUCCUUUGCUGGGCAGACGGGGAGAACCACAGUGCAAAAGAACUGUGCUGAUCCUGUGUGGCAUGAACAGGUGAUCUUCAAGGAAAUGUUCCCUCCCUUGUGUCGGAGGGUGAAAAUCCAGGUGUGGGAUGAAGGCAGCAUGAAUGACAUAGCACUGGCAACCCAUUUCAUUGACCUGAAGAAAAUCUCCAAUGAACAGGAGGGAGACAAAGGCUUUCUGCCCACCUUUGGACCUGCCUGGAUUAACCUGUAUGGCUCGCCCAGGAACCACAGUCUGAUGGAUGACUACCAGGAACUGAAUGAAGGCUUUGGGGAAGGCGUGUCAUUCAGGGGCAGAAUCUUGGUAGAAAUUGCCGUGGAAAUCCUCUCAGGAGGGGCACAGGAAUCUAAAUUUUCCAAGGCCCUGAAGGAGUUCAAGUUGCCUUCCAAGGACAAAGAUUCCAAAUCUUCCAAAGGUAAAGACAAGGCUGACAAAACUGAUGAUGGAAAAUCCCAGCAGGCUUCAAACAAAACGAACUCAACCGAGGUGGAGGUGGAACCUUUCGAUGUCCCCCCAGAGAUUGUACCAGAAAAAUGUGAGGAAUUUUUACUCUUUGGAGCAUUUUUUGAAGCUACCAUGAUUGACCGGAAGAUUGGAGAUAAACCCAUCAGCUUUGAAGUUUCUAUUGGUAAUUUUGGAAACCUGAUUGAUGGAGGGUCCCAUCAUGGGAGUAAGAAGUCAGCUGAAUCAGCUGAAGAAGACCUCCUUCCACUGCUUCAGGAAGGACAAGGGGAUGCGGCCCAUGGUGCUCCCAUUCCUAUGGCCUCCACCACUCACCCAGAGAAGCCACUGGUGAUGGAAGGGAACAGGAAUUACAAUUAUUUGCCAUUUGAGGAUAAGAAGCCCUGUGUCUACUUCAUCAGCUCUUGGGGAGACCAGACCUUCAGGCUGCACUGGUCCAACAUGCUAGAGAAAAUGGCAGACUUUCUGGAAGAAAGUAUAGAAGAAAUGAGAGAAUUGAUUAAGAUUUCAGAGGAGGCACCUGAAGAGAAAAUGAAAACAGUGCUCAGUGACUUCAUCAGUCAAAGCAGUGCCUUUAUCUCUGAAGCAGAAAAAAAGCCCAAGAUGUUGAACCAAACCACUUUAGAUAAGAAACGACUUACACUCUGCUGGCAAGAGCUGGAGGCAAUGUGCAAAGAGGCCAAGGGGAUCAUUCAGCAGCAGAAGAAAAAGUUAUCUCUUGAUGAAAUGAUUCACGAAGCCCAGAACUUUGUGGAAAAAAUCCGCUUUCUUGUUGAUGAGCCCCAGCACACCAUCCCUGAUGUUUUCAUCUGGAUGCUCAGCAACAACAAGAGAGUGGCCUAUGCCCGCAUCGCCUCCAAAGACCUCCUCUAUUCCCCUGUCACAGGGCAGAUGGGCAAACACUGCGGCAAGAUCAAAACUCACUUCCUCAAACCUCCUGGAAAACGACCGGCUGGUUGGUCUGUGCAAGCAAAAGUCGACGUGUACCUGUGGCUGGGCUCCAUCAAGCAUGCCAGUGCCAUUUUGGACAACUUGCCCACAGGCUAUGAAGCAGAAAUGUCCUCCAAAGGGGCUGGCACCAAUCAACCCCCUUCCAAACUAUACUACCAAGACCGGCAUAGUUUUCAGCUGAGAGCUCACAUGUACCAAGCCCGGGGCCUCAUCGCGGCUGACAGCAGUGGACUUUCAGACCCUUUUGCCAAAGUCACGUUCCUUUCUCACUGCCAGACCACAAAGAUCAUCUCCCAGACCCUCUCUCCAACCUGGAACCAGAUGCUGCUGUUCAAUGACUUGGUGCUACAUGGAGAUGUGAAGGAGCUGGCAGAGUCCCCGCCCUUAGUGGUGGUGGAGCUAUACGACAGUGACGCCGUGGGGAAGCCAGAAUAUUUGGGUGCCACAGUGGCUGCUCCAGUGGUGAAGCUAGCUGACCAGGACUAUGAGCCCCCCAGGUUAUGCUAUCACCCCAUCUUUUGUGGGAACCUCUCUGGAGGGGAUCUCCUUGCUGUAUUUGAAUUGCUACAGGUCCCACCAUCUGGGCUGCAGGGGCUCCCACCCAUUGAGCCACCAGAUAUCACCCAGAUCUACCCGGUUCCUGCCAACAUUCGGCCAGUGCUGAGCAAAUACCGAGUGGAGGUUCUCUUCUGGGGAGUUCGGGAAAUGAAGAAGGUGCAGCUCCUCUCGGUGGAUCGGCCCCAGGUUCUCAUCGAGUGUGGAGGACGAGGGGUGAAGUCCUGUGUGAUCCAGAGCUACAAGAACAACCCAAACUUCAGCGUCCAGGCUGAUGCUUUCGAAGUGGAACUGCCUGAGAAUGAGCUUCUGCACCCACCACUGAGCAUCUGCGUGGUAGACUGGAGAGCUUUUGGGAGGAGUACACUUGUGGGAACCUACACCAUCAACUACUUGAAGCAGUUUUUAUGUAAAUCCAGAGAGCCCCUUGCCCUCAUCUCACAGGUGGAUGGAACCCAAGUUGGGGAUGAGAUUUCAGAUUCGCUAACAGCCACUGAGUCCACUGGAGCCCCCAGCGCCUCCCAGGAUCUCCCAACAGAUCACAUUUAUGUGAAUGUUGAGCCACCUCCCACAGUGAUGCCCGACUCUGCCCAGGUUCAGCCAGCCAUCGUGGUUGACAUCCCUGACUCAUCCCCGAUGCUGGAGCCUGAUCACAAACCUGUAGCUGAGGCACCACCAAAAGAUGGAAAACCUAAGGAUCCCAGGAUAUCUUCCCGGAGGUCCACAAAGAGGAAAAAGAGGACCAUAGCAGAUGAAUCUGCUGAAAACGUGAUUGACUGGUGGUCUAAGUAUUAUGCCUCCCUGAAGAAAGCACAGAAGGCAAAGGACAGCAAUCCCAAGAAGAAAAAAGGCAAUAUGGAAGCAAAGCCAGAUGAGGUAGUGGUAGAUAUAGAAGAUGGCCCAAAGAAGAAGAAAGACAAAAUGCUCAAGACGAAACUCAAAGAUGAUGGAAUCCCCAAUCUGGCCACCUUGCAGAUAUAUGAUGGUGAUCUUGAGAGUGAAUUCAACAAUUUUGAAGACUGGGUGAAAACCUUUGAACUCUUCAGAGGCAAGUCUACAGAAGAUGACCACGGUCUUGAUGGAGACAGAGUCAUAGGAAAAUUUAAGGGCUCCUUCUGCAUCUACAAAAGCCCUGAGGAUUCUAGCUGUGAGGACAGUGGGCAGCUGAGAAUCCAGCAAGGAAUUCCACUUAAUCACCCAGUCACAGUGCUGAUCAGAGUGUACAUUGUUGCGGCAUUUAAUCUUAGCCCAGCUGAUCCAGAUGGCAAAUCAGAUCCCUACAUUGUGAUCAAGCUUGGCAAAACAGAAAUCAAAGACCGGGAUAAAUACAUCCCCAAACAACUGAACCCAGUAUUUGGAAGGUCAUUUGAAAUCCAAGCCACAUUCCCGAAAGAGUCCCUGCUCUCCAUCCUGAUCUACGAUCACGACAUGAUUGGGACAGAUGACCUCAUUGGUGAGACCAAGAUAGAUCUGGAAAACCGCUUCUACAGCAAACACCGAGCCAUCUGUGGCUUGCAGAGCCAGUAUGAGAUAGAAGGAUACAAUGCCUGGAGAGACACAUCCAAACCCACUGAGAUCCUCACCAAGCUCUGCAAAGACAACAAGCUGGAUGGACCCUACUUUCGCCCUGGGAAAAUACAGAUAGGAAAACAAGUCUUUUCGGGAAAAACUGUCUUCACUGAAGAGGACACUGAUGAGACAGUGGAGUCUUAUGAACACCUGGCCCUCAAGGUUUUACACUCUUGGGAGGAUAUCCCGGAAGUCGGGUGCAGGCUGGUUCCCGAGCACAUAGAAACUCGGCCGCUGUACCACAAAGAUAAGCCAGGAAUGGAGCAGGGCCGCCUGCAGAUGUGGGUAGACAUGUUUCCCAAGGAUAUGCCUCAACCUGGACCUCCUGUUGACAUCUCUCCAAGGCAACCCAAAGGAUAUGAAUUGAGAGUGACCAUCUGGAACACUGAAGAUGUCAUUUUAGAGGAUGAGAAUAUCUUCACAGGCCAAAAAUCAAGUGAUAUUUAUGUGAAAGGAUGGUUAAAGGGUUUAGAGGAUGACAAGCAGGAGACAGACGUGCAUUACAACUCCCUGACUGGAGAGGGUAACUUCAACUGGCGCUUCCUGUUUCCGUUCCAGUAUCUCCCAGCUGAGAAGCAAAUGGUCAUUACCAAGAGGGAGAACAUCUUCUCUUUAGAGAAGAUGGAGUGUAAGACUCCUGCUGUGUUGGUGCUGCAGGUUUGGGAUUUUGAAAGGCUGUCCUCAGAUGACUUCUUGGGCACCUUGGAAAUGAACCUCAACAGUUUCCCUCGAGCAGCUAAGUCUGCCAAAGCCUGUGAUCUCACCAAGUUUGAAAAUGCAAGUGAGGAGACCAAGAUCUCUAUAUUCCAGCAAAAACGUGUGCGUGGCUGGUGGCCUUUUUCUAAAAGCAAAGAACUCACAGGCAAGGUCGAAGCUGAGUUCCACCUAGUCACAGCAGAAGAAGCUGAGAAGAAUCCUGUUGGAAAAGCUCGAAAGGAGCCAGAGCCCCUGGCCAAGCCCAACCGCCCAGACACCUCCUUUUCCUGGUUCAUGAGCCCCUUUAAGUGCCUGUACCACCUCAUCUGGAAGAAUUACAAGAAGUACAUCAUCAUUGGUUUCAUUCUGAUCAUCCUCAUCAUCUUCCUGGUCCUUUUCAUCUACACCUUGCCAGGAGCCAUCAGCCGAAGGAUCGUUGUGGGCUCAUAGAAGGUCACGGAAGACCCAGACCCUCCCCCUUAUACUAAUCCUCUCUGCCUCAUCCGGGAGCAUCUAAGAACAUGUCCCAUGCAUGGCACCAUGCUGAGUGCUAAGAGGGCAGACAGAUCAAUGCUUCUUAGAAGAGAUGGAAAGGAAAUUCCAUUCCCUCUCUGCUGUAACCCCUGCCACCAAGUUUCAAACUUGUAAGAUGUAAGGCAUGCUGCAUGAAACAAGGCACUUUCACCUCAUGGUAAUCAACAGUGACCUCAAAUUGACUUAGAUGAAUGUUUUCUUUAUGUAAUUGGUUAUAUUCUGAGAAGCUGAGUUCUGGGUCUGAGAUUUUAUUAGAAGUACUUUAUUUUAAAUAAAAUUUUAGGCUGGGUGUGGUGGUUCACGCCUGUAAUCUGAGGGGAGGCUGAGGCAUGUAGAUCACUUGAGGCCAGGAGUUCAAGACCAGCCUGGCCAACAUGGUGAAAACCCAUCUGUACUAAAAAUACAAAAGUUAGCUGGGUGUGGUAGCACACACCUGUAAUCCCAGCCACUUGGGAGGCUGAGACAGGAAAAUCGCUUGAACCAUGAGGCAGAGGUUGCAGUGAGCCAAGAUGGCACCACUGCACUCCAGCCUUGCAGAGCAAGACUCCAUCUCGGAAAAAAAUAAAGUUUUAAAGCAAACCAACUGAAAAUAUUAUAGCAAAUUAUUAGAUAUUGAACCUGUCCCAUAUAUCUUAAUCUUGUAAACUAUAUCCUUAUACUUUACAAAACACAUUCACUUAGGCUAUGAAACUGGCUUGCAAACAAUGUCACAUAAAUCAUCUAAAAUACAUUUUGUUGAAAUUUUCAUCUAGAGAUGGGAUGUUGUGGAUUUUCUAUUAAAGUCAACACUUGUGGGACAUGUUCGAUAGUAGUAGUUGAUUCUGGAGAAACAUAUUUUGAUUUAUGCUCUGUGGCAAUUUCCAGGUAGGAACUUUAUAAUAUGUUGUAAGACAUAUGAAAUAUAAUAAUUGUGUAGAUGGGUUAGGGGCAGCUCCAUGCCAUCAGAAGGAAUUCUCUAUUGCCAGAUAUACAAGCCCCACCACGUAUGAUGUUCCCAUAGAUCAUGAUACAAAUGGCCAUCCCCAGCCCUAUUCAGCACUUAGCCUGACCACUAUAUGUGGCAGAUUUCAUCAUGAAUCUGAAGCACAAAUUUUAUUUUAUUUGAGAAAGAGUCUUACUCUGUUGCCCAGGCUACAGUACAGUGGCGCAAUCUCUGCUUACUGCAAACUGCCUCCUCGGUUUAGGCAAUUCUCAUGCCCCAGCCUCCUGAGUAACUGGGAUUACAGGCACUUGCGACCACACCCAGCUAAUUUUCUUUUUUUUUUUUUUUUUAAUUUUUAGUAGAGAUGGGUUUCACCAGGUUGGCUAGGCUAGUCUAGAACUCCUGGCCUCAAGUGACUGCCCACCUCAGCCUCCUAAAGUGCUAGGAUUAGAGGCACAAGCCACCACACCCAGCCACUUAAGCACAAAUUAAUUUCAAAACCAGUCUUAGAAUUGAUAUCCUAUGCAUUUGUCAAAUGGGGUCAGUUUUUCUUGAAUGUAAACCUCUGAUCUUCAUAACACAAUCUAGAUCUGCCACCCUACCUAAGGCAGGGACUUGAAAUGAGUGGCAGGUUUUCUCAGAUAUAAUAAGGAAACAGAAGAAUUGGAAUAUUUGGUCUCAAUUCCCAUGCACAAUUUUUGGCCUCAUACGCAAAUCAAUAUGACAACCAUUUGUUCUUUCUAGCAGCAAGAGCCAUUUGGUAUUGGGAGGCUCGAUGGGAGCUCCCUUGUUGACACCAGAAACACCAGGGCUGCUCUUUUGUUUGACAGCCUAGCACAGAUGUAACUCUUCUGAAGGGUAAGAUUUACUUCUACAGAGAAAGUCAUUUUUAGAAUGUUCCUGGUCCAUCAAAGAAAGACUGAAAGAAUGUUGUGUGUGAUUUUAGACUCAGGCGUUUUUCACUGAAUCCUGGCCCUGGAUGCUCACCCAACUAGUAGCCAUAAUCCCCUGUUUUCCUCAAAUGCUGAAAUGGUGCAUUUACUGCAUUGGCAAUGUUUUCCAGUGGGAUUGGUUACACAAACUCAUUCAUUCUUACUGUGCCAUAUUGCACAGCCAUAAUUAAUGAUGUAGUUAAAAAGACUUGAUGGCAUGGAAUAUAUACAUUGAAUACAUACAUUGUAAGUAAGAAAAUAUACAAGUUAGAAAACUGUAUAGCAUGUUGUAAAAAGAAAAUAUAUAUACAGGCAUAGCAAAAAAUGUCAGGAAGAAUAUGCCAAGAUGUUAAUGAUGAUCUUUCAGUAGCAUCAUUUUUUUAUUUCUUGUCUAUUUCUCCCAAAACCUCAUAAAUAAGGUAUUAUUUUUCAUGUAAAAAGUUUAAUAAACUUAUGUGUCCAUUUAAAAAUA